UAAAGACUGACAAAAACAACAUUUCGUCUCCUUAGCCCACGUGUUUUUACGUAAAAAGAGUGCGCCAGGUCCUAGCUGUUCUACACGAACAGCAUGGCAACCGAAGGUGUAUCGAGAAAGCCCGUUUUAGAAAUGGUGCAAGCAGAAGGUGCAGAUGAAUCCUGUGUCACCUAUGUCAUGCAUGAUGAAGAUCACACUUUGGGGAAUUCUCUCCGCUAUAUGAUAAUGAAAAAUCCCGAAGUUGAGUUUUGUGGAUACAGCAUCACUCAUCCUUCAGAGAGCAAAAUAAAUUUCAGAAUUCAAACAAAAGGAGGACUUCCUGCCAUAGAACCAUUUCGCAGAGGGUUGACUGAACUAAAUGAUUUGUGCCAGCAUGUGCUUAACACAUUUGAGAUGAGUGUGAAGGCAUAUGAACAACAGAGUUUUGAGGACAUGGCAUAACUGAAGAAGAGAGAGAGUAGAAUCGGAAAAGUAACAGUUGUCUGAGCAUUCACAAGCCUCUGGAGUAUUUCCUGGCUUUACACACCUGCAGGAAAAAAUUAACUUCAUUGUCUACUGGCAUAAAUAAUUCAUGCAACUGUAGAUGGCCAUUUUGAGAAACCUGUCUUGAUAUCCCACAUGUUACAGUGACUCUUCCUACUUUCUCAUCUACUUGUUUGUUUUAAAACUUGAAUUUUUUUUUUUAAUUUAAGUUAAAUAUCCCAUUUUCAAAUGCAAUAUGCAUAUUGUAUUGAACCUUUUUAUAAACCUUUUAAAUGGAUUUUCCU